AUAGUAGCAAAGUGGCAAACAGGAUAAUUGUUUGGUGAUGAGUGCAUUAAAGUAUAGUAUUGGUGUCUGCUAAGUAAAAUGCAGUCCUUAAGUAUAAAUUAGUUCUUAUGUACAAGGAAAAGCAGUAAUGGAUCCAAGCAGAGCAUUUGAUGUGAUGUAUUUUAAUUUUUGGAAAGCUUUUAAUGUGCUUCCUCAUAAACGUUUAAUUCUUAAAUUACAGGUGGACGAUAUUCAAGAUAAUGUGUUUGGACUGAAACAUUUUUAGUUGCUUAAUGGUUAGGAAUGGAUAGGGCACCGAUAUUUGCUCCUGGCGCUGGAGGUUUGCAAUAUCUUUUGGUUUUCCUUCCACUUCAGUCUCUGAAUGGCUUGAUUUGAGUCUUACACUACCAUCUCAAAAUUGUACAGUUUUACACUGUUUCCAGGUUUUAAUGUUUGGGGUUUGGGGAUUAGAAACUACCUGUAUAUCAAGGGGGACUGCAGUCCUUCAAGAACCAGGAAUGAAAAUAACAGGUAAGCUUAAAAUCAGGUGAUAAUAGUAGAGUACCACAGGGACCUCUAUAGAGACGACUGCUCCUCCUAAUUUCUAUGAUGGAGGUUCUGUAAUGGUUAUGAAGGCAAGUUUGCAGAUGGGAUCAACUGAAGAGGAUUAUAAUAAAUGUAGAAACUACACAGGAAAAGCAAUAUUGAGGAAAAUGUUUAUUUUAAAAGUAGAAUUUGAAUCAAGGUUUGUCAAUGUAAAAUUACAAUACAUUAAUGUAAUGCAAAGACCUCAGAAUAUUGUGUACAAUUGUCACAAUGUUUAUAAAAUGGUUUAUAAAAAACAGCUCUGACAUCAGUCCAGUAAAGAGUGACCAGAUACAGUCCUGGGAUUAAGGGAAUGUUCUCCGCUGGUUAAAAGUGCUGAAAUAUUCUAGUCUUGAACAGAGAAGGCCACAAAGCACAUUAUUCAGAUAUGCAUAAUUCUCAAAGGCAAAAGUCAGCCCAGUGAAGUGUUGAAGAAUUAACAGUGAAACGCCAACCAGACCACACAUGUUGUGCAUCUAAAACUGCACACGGAAAGCACUUCUUGCAGAGUUGUAGGAGUCUUGAACAACUUGCCCAGCAAUGUUGUCGCAGCUGCCACCUUCUUCUGUUAAAUGAUUGGAAGUGAUCCAGACACCUAUUAGCUACAACAACCACAUGAGUAAGACUGGCCGAAUGGCUUCCUCUUGUUUUUAACAUUCCUUAUUUUCUUAAAUGUGCAUGGAGACGUAUUCUAAUAUACCUCACAAUUAAUACAUCUAAGAAUAGAAAUCAUGGUUGAUGUUCUUAGUUACAGAAUUCUGUACAAAAAUAUUUCCCUUUAUUGUGGAUUUUCGCAUAGCCUGGAUGGUUCUGUGUAAAUCUCGCAGGAAACGGGAGGAUGGGGACAUAGCAACAGAGAAUCAGCCUUGUAUCUUAGCAACAAGAAUAUGUAGCUAUAUGCCAGGAAGUCUGAAAAGCAUCUUUGUCACUCAUUGGUAAUUAUAGUCCUGAAGCGCGUGCUUAGUAUGAAUUUGCCAAGAUAGCUGUUUUUUUUUCUUUGUAUUUAGAUUGAUUUUUGAACGAGUACGAUCACCACGCGAUUGCUGAGGUGUUUUGAAAAACUCGUGCCUAACUCGUGAGCUGAAGAUACACCCAUUGUCUUCGGCAGCGACUGCACAUCGAUGGCGGAGUGACCGCGCUUUGAAUAUUUUGUUUUACAUUUCCAAAGGUGUCAUAUUGAAGGAUUUGACAAAAGGCAGUUUAAAAAAAAUCAGAAAUCUCUUAAACAAUCUUAGUGGCAUAGUUUUCUCAAUUGUUGAACGCAUAUACACCUAGAACUAUGUAGGAAGUAUUUUCAUCCAUGGAUGCUGCACAUUGGUGGUGGUGGUGGAGUGGAGUCCCCAUUACCUGUAAAGUGCUUUGAGUGGAGUGUCUGAAAAAGCGCUACAUAAUUGUAAGCAAUUAUUAUUUUAAUUCUCAAUACAAAACGAGAAAAGAGGUUAGGGUGUGGUCUUCCCUGUACUUAUAUCUUCAAAGCUUGAGUUCAUGUUCAUUUCGGGCACAGUAUUACAAUACAAGCUACGAGGAGAGUAGCUUGCCCAGGUGUUUUAUUUCGACGUUAUAGCUGCUGUCCACGCUAGAGGGCAGAGCGUCUUCAUUCAUAUUUAUUAAGGCUGUUGGCGGUGCCAACCAAUCCAGUUACGCCGAAUCUUUGACGUCAUAAGAUUCCACGUCCGCUUAAUGUGUCAGAGGGGUAUGGCGGAUGUUGUGUUGGUACUUUUUUAAAUUGCUGUAAUGUUAUUUUCUGGUGCUGUAUUACUCUGGAAUGGAUUUAGAAGAAGCCUUUCAUGUAGUGGGAGAAUUCGGGAAGUACCAGAAACGGCUCGCCGCUCUCUUAAUUUUGCUGCAGGUUUAUAUGGCCUGUCAGUCGAUGCUGAUCGUGCUAGUGGGGGCAACCCCGGACUACCGAAUAGAAAAGGGGAAGGAUCCCACCACUCAGCAGGACCUCGUCAAACACGUCAUUUUCACCGAGGAUCUCGAUUCCAUCGUCACCGAGUGGUUUUUGAUUAGACAUCAUGCUUACAAGGUGAGCUUGGCAGGUUCUCUGUUUUUCGCUGGCGUCCUCGUUGGGAAUGUACUGUUUGGACCACUUUCAGACAAGGUUGGGAGGAAACCAGUUUUUCUUGCAGGUUUGCUGUUUGAGGUGCUAUUUGGAUAUGCAACAGCAUUUGCACCCACUUAUGAAGUGUUUGCCGUGUCCCGUCUCUUGGUGGGAAUAAUGAAUGGGGGCAUGGCUCUGGUGUCUUUCGUGCUUACCCAGGAGUAUGUGGGCAAAUCGUACUGGGCAAUGACAGGAACCUUGACCAACAUGAUGUUUGCAGUGGGAAUAGCUCUGUUUGCUGCCCUAGGGUACUAUGUCCAAUCCUGGCGUGCCCUGGCGACAACGGCCAACUCCCCUGGUGUGCUUUUCUUUCUCCUGUGUUUAACCCUCCCUGAGUCUCCACGCUGGCUGUACUCUCAGGGCCUCACGCAGAAGGCAGAGGACGUGAUGCAGCACAUUGCCAUGAGAAAUGGAAAGGAGAAGGUGGUGGUGAAACUGAAGCUGUGCGCGGGCUCGGCCAAGGCGGGGCGUCCCAGCAGUGGUGUCCUGGAGCUGGUCAGACACCCUACCCUUCGCUGGAGGACAGGCAUCCUCAUGUAUGUGUGGUACGCCUGCAGUUUGGUCUAUUAUGGAUUAACAUUGAACGCUGGCGAACAGAAAGGAAAUCGGUAUGCCAAUGUAGCAAUGUAUGGACUGGUGGAGCUGCCGGCUUACCCACUCUGCAUGUAUUUCAUUAACAAACAGUGGGCAGGAAGACGGAAAACGACAGCAGCCUUCCUGAUGUUUGCGGGAUUUUCCUGCAUGGUUACCAUGUUUUUACCAAAUCAUUUAGAUUUGUGGCUUAAUACGACUUCACUAGCUUUGCUGGGCAAGUUAAUGGUCAGUGCAGCCUUUAAUAUUGUGUAUAUAUACACUUCAGAACUCUACCCCACUGUGAUAAGGAAUGCUGGGCUGGGUGUCUGCUCAAUGUCUUGCAGAUUUGGUGGAAUUUUAGCACCAUUUGUGCCUUCAAUGAAGGGCCUUCACCAGUCGAUGCCGUUCAUGGUGUUUGGUCUCAGUGGGGUAUCGGCUGGCUGUCUGAACCUGCUCCUCCCAGAGACUCUCAAUAAGCCCAUCGCAGAGACCCUGGAGGAGCUCCACAUCCCCGCCUACCAGCGCAUAUUGGAGAAAGAGGUUUACCCAUUUGGAGAAGAUCAGCCAAACUCCAAACGCAAAGCACAGGCAUGAGGAAGGGUUCCUAACUCUGCAGAGUGGUGGGCUGGGUGAGCAGGUGUGAGGAACAGACAGACACACGCUCACAACCCAUACCUGGACUGCUGCCCGUCAUGUUGCCUGAUGCAUACAGCAAUGGUGGAAAAGGCUGAGAUAAGAUUAUUGGUGUAAAAAAUUAAAAACAUUGAUUAUUUUUAAAUGUAACUCUAUAUAACUCUUACAAAACAGUAAACCAAGGCCUAUUUUGAAAAUAUUUCACACGUGGGCUCUGCAUAAUGGCUGAUAAUUCAGUUGUGGACACAGAAGACUCCUAGAAGUCCGGCACUGCAAUACCUUCAAUAAAUGAAGCAUCAAGGCAGCCCUUCAGUUGCUGUCUUCAUAUGUGCAUUUGUGGAAUGGCUCAGAUACGUCUCUGGACGGUGUGAGGACAGCAUUACCUUUCGUUCUGUGAUAUCCCUGAAGUCCCUGUCUCUGGCAGCUCACAGGACGAGUUUGACGCAGGGAUUUGUCAGCGGGCUGGUUUAACAUCCGAAGAUGCCUUUCUUUGAUGCAACUUAGGACGAUGCCUUGGGGCCAAACUGCAAUGACAGAAGCCUCAAUUUCUAAGUGUUAUGAAUGUUUACCAAAAAAUGACAACUGUCAGUAAUUUGGGCCAAGAUAUAAUUACUGCCAAAAGGAAUCCAAAACCUUAGCUCCGUGUAUGCUCAUUUUCUGUCGGAGAGUUUUAGAAAUGCUUUGUGUUCAGAGACUGUGUUGUGCAAGGUGAUGUUCAAACAGUAGUCCGCUGAUCUGCAGGUCAGAUCUUUUUUUGCCUUAAACUUUGAAGCUGAGAUUUUAUUUUUAAGUCUCAAAGUAUUUUUAGAAUCCGAUUUUUUUGCCUUGAGCAAUCUGGGCGCAGGUCUGAGCCGCAGUUUAAAAGCCACAAACGAACUGACACUGGUCUCAGAAGUGCUUACUCCAUCCAGCUGCAGACCUUGGAGUUCCAGAGUCUGGGAUGAUGUGUUGAUUGUGAAACCAAACCUCUGGCUUUUAUAGUGCUCAGUUCGCCACGAAGCGGGAUGGGAGGGAAUGGAACCAGGAGCUAGAUAUCUGAAAUCAAGUUAUGAAUUAAAUAAACAGGAGGCUAAAACACUUGUAA